UGCCCGCCCGCUCCUUGGGCGGGGCGAUUCUGAUCUUUUACAAGCAGCAGUAAAGGGGCAGCUGCCUGCCUUGGCGUGGCCAGGGGCUUGGCAGGCAACAGGGGAGAAGGGCACAUUUUCAGGCUUUCUGAGGCCCUCGCCCAGCUGGAGGACACCAGCCUGUAACUAAGGGAACCCCAGGAAAACAGAGGUCAGGGCUGGAGGCCAAAGGCUGGGCACUGGUGCGGGGUGGGAGGAGUGCGGAAGCAGUGUGUCAACAAGCCCCUCAUCCUUUGUUACUGUCAAACUACCAGCCUCCUGAAACUCCCCCAGAUGCUGGGGCUGCUUGGGUGUGGUUUGCCUUUAGUUGGGGCCAAAAAAAAAAAGGGGGCGAAGCUGGAGCAUUUCCUUGGUGACCCCCAUGCCUCUCCCCUCACCCCUGCAAUCUGGACCUCUUUCUCCUGGGCCUGUGUGCGGGAGGGGUGGAUGGGGCUGAGGUGCCAUGCAUUAGCCCAUGGACAUAUCCUCGUUCUUUCACAGUGAAAUCUCAGACCCUCCACCCCCAACCCCAGGGGUCAGAUGCUGGGGAGCAGGCAGGGAUGCUGGCGAGAUCUACAGGGGGAUUUCUGCUGAGCAGAUGUGUGGGCCGGCCCUGCAGCAGCAGCUCAUUAGCAUAGAUUUGUUUUGGAGACAGCUGUGGGUCUGUGGGCAGGAGGGCCUGAGGGCUCUAAAGGCCACGGGCAUGAUGCUUCGGGUCCUGGUGGGGGCUGUCCUCCCCGCCAUGCUGCUCGCCGCUCCACCCCCCAUCAACAAGCUGGCACUGUUCCCGGACAAGAGCGCCUGGUGCGAGGCCAAGAACAUCACCCAGAUCGUGGGCCACAGCGGCUGUGAGGCCAAGUCCAUCCAGAACAGGGCGUGUCUAGGACAGUGCUUCAGCUACAGCGUUCCCAACACCUUCCCGCAGUCUACAGAGUCCCUGGUGCACUGCGACUCCUGCAUGCCAGCCCAGUCCAUGUGGGAGAUUGUAACCUUGGAGUGCCCUGGCCAUGAGGAGGUGCCCAGGGUGGACAAGCUGGUGGAGAAGAUCCUGCACUGCAGCUGCCAGGCGUGUGGCAAGGAGCCUAGUCACGAGGGGCUGAAUGUCUACGUGCAGGGCGAGGACGGGCUGGGCUCCCAGCCGGGCACUCAUCCCCACCCCCAUCCUCACCCCCACCCUGAUGGGCAGACCCCUGAGCCCGAGGAAUCCCCUGGGGCCCCCCACGCUGAGGAAGAGGGGGCUGAGGACUGAGGCCCCUGACUCUUCCUCCCCUCUCAUCCCCUGUGGAAUGCUGGGGGAAGUGUUGGGGGGAGAGGCUGAUGCCCCCCUUUGGCACUGGAUGGACUUGGAUUCAGACUUGGACUUGGAAUGCUUCCCGGUUGCCAUGGAGAUCUGAAGGGAGGGGUUUGGAGCCAAGCUGCACAAUUUAAUAUAUUCAAGAGUGGGGGGAGGAAGCAGAGAUCUUCAGGGUUCUUUUUCGGAGGGGGGGGGGUUUCUUCCUUUUUGCCUCCUAGAGACAUGCCUUUGGGAGGGGGAGGAAGUUGGCUAAGCUGCUGAGGUGGGGUUGAGGCCAUCCAAAAUGGCGGGAGCCAGGCUAAGGCCCACGCAGCCUCUGGUGGGCAGGGCCCCUGGGGUGCAGAUAGUGAAGCUGGGCCCUGAGCUGAGGGUGGGCACCUUGCCCACAGCACCCCUGAAGGAGGGGCUGGGUCUGGGCUAGGGAGCAGGGAGCUGCAACCCCACAGACUCCCCCAAAGGCCUCCCACCCCACUCGCAUCCCCAGGGAAGCUCCUCCCAGUGGCACUGAAGUGGUCCUCCCUCCAUGGUUGGGAGUCAGGCCUGGGCAGGACCCUGCUGACUCAUGGCCCUGGAGCUGGGGGCCAGGCUCUGUGGGCCUCUGGCUUCCUUGGCUUUACACGGGAUGGAGGGAGACAAAGGAGGAGGCUUUGUGGGCCAGGGGGUGGGAGUGAUCCCCUAGCCCAUUGUCACAGAAGAGCAUCCCUCCCUCUUCUUCUCUGAGGUCUUAGUACCUCCCACUGUUCCCGACGUUCUAGGCCCCUCAGAAAGCUGAGGGAGCCAGUCUCCACCUGUUAAGGGAACUCUUUCUAAAUAUCUGAUGGUGGGGAGGGGUUUCCCUUUCUCAGAGGUUCCAUGGAGGGACCUGGGUGGGAUGGACUCUGGCUGAGCCUCAAGAAACGAGGAAGAGAUGAGUGAGGCCCCUGCGGGCGGCCAUUGUUUCCUGCAGCGCUCUAGCCGCCCGCUCCCACCAGCCUCCCCCUUCCAGCAGCACUUUAACCCUAGAGGGGGCCGGGAGGCCGGGUGGGGACAGCGCAGGGCAGAACACCCCUCAGUACCCAGAACUGCCUGUGGCUGCUCUUCUGUCCCCAGGGUGGCUACCAGCCUCACCAGCCCCCAUAGCUAUCCUGACAAGAGCUUCUGGAGCUUGUAACCAGUAGAUUGUCUCCCUGACGGACCCUGAGUUUUCUCAUGAAUAAAUGUGUUCAAUGCC